AUGGCAGCAGAAGCAGAAGCUCUUGAUAAACACGCCCCAGCUAAAGAAUAUAGUGAUACUCUGUUUCUUGAGAGCUUCUCAAAGAAUAUAAGAGAAGAUCUUUGGGCUAACACCACCUUCUACACAUUCACUAAUUUCGUGCUGCAAGGAACAAAAGACAAUACUUUGGGAGGUGCUUCUGUCCUCGACUUGGGAUGUGGUGAUGGCAUGUUUACUCGUUGGGCAGCUGCGCAAGGAGCUUCUAAAGUUGUUGGGAUAGAUCUAUCAGAGGAACAAAUUGCUGUUGCUUCCAAAAUGGAUGAUGGCCAUCAUUCAGCUGGCAUUGAGUAUCAUGCUAAGGAUGUGAUGGACAUUAGGACUCCAGAAUAUGGGGAAUUUGAUGUCAUCAUAGCUGUCCACUUGAUUUGUUAUGCAGAUAACCCUGAAAAGCUGCAGCGUAUGCUUCAAGCUGUGUCCCUUUGUUUGAAAAAGGGUGGACGUUGCAUUGGAGUACGUGAAUGUCUCAAUUCUGCUUUAAAAGGUCCAGUGUCGAUGAAAAUGAAAGAAGAAAUAAAGAAUGGGCCAAUGCUUGCAUACCAGAUAAUACCACAGUCAGAUGAAAUUGUCGAGAGCAAAGAUUGUGAUGAUUUUUGUGCUUGCAUUAAUGAGUUUCGAAAUUCAGAUGGCUCAAUCAUUAAGUUCACGAAUUACGUAGUGAAAGAAUCAACAAUGAUUAAAAUGUUCAAUGAUGCUGGAUUUGAAGUGAAUACCUGUGGACCAAUUUUGACUUGCUCUCCAGAGGGAAAAAAGAUGUUUCCAGCUGAUUUUAUUGACAAAGUUACAAAUGAUUUUGGAAAAUUAUUGUGGUACUUUGAUAUUACUAAAUUAUGA